CUUCAUCCUUCUACUAUCUUUUUAUUUUCCUCAAACGAACCAUUCGAAAUGGCUUCAAAGACAUUCCUGCUUCUUGUCAUUGCUUUGGCCACUGUUCUUCUCAUUACCUCAGAAAUGGCUGCAGCUAGGGACUUGGCUUCCAACAAUGACAGCGAGUUAGAAGAUGGCAAGUAUGGUCGUGAUGACCGUGGAUACUACAAUGGUGGACAUGGAGGUUACAACAACGGUGGCGGCCAUGGACGAGGACGUUGCAGGUAUGGCUGCUGUGGUGGUGGACGUUAUUACAAUGGAGGUUGCAGGUGUUGCAGCACUUCUACAGAGGCAACCGCAUACAAACAAGCUCAUGAGCAAGGAGAAGAUGAGUCAAGAUCUUUGAGAUGUUCAAACCGGUCCAACUCAAUCAAUAAUCAAGGUCGAGGAAGAGGACGUGGCAGAAGUUCUAAUAACCACAUAGGAGGUUGUCGAGGAGGCAACUCCUUCCAGCAUCGUGAGAGUGGUUGUGUGUAUGCACAUGAAAAUGAAAACACUACAGAGGACAUUCCAUCAGAAACACCUAUACCAUCCAGUCCACAACCUGCCAUUCCAAAAUCCCUAACUCCGGUGAGCUCAAUCGGAUCCGCUAGCACCACCUCAAGUUCCACAGGUGGAGGAGCUCCUAAAAGAUUUCGCACUCUGAAAGACCUGUGUGAAGAUUGUGAAGAACUCUUACUCUUGAAUGAUAGCAAAGAACCAACCACUUACACUUUAGCUUCCAAACACAAGGAAUGGAAUGAUGCGAUGAGGUGUCAACUCGAUGCAAUUAAAAAAAAUAAGACCUGA